UAUGUGGAAGGUCACUAAAAGAACCCCCAGCAGCAGCGGCUCUUGAUAACAACACCACGCGGCGGCUGAAGGAGGGAGGUGGCUGAAGGAGGUGGCCACGAGGUCCACCACACACGAGGUCCUCCUAUAGGUUUACUCCUCUCGUGAACCUGUAAAUCAUGCCUCCAUUAUAUAUAGUACCAUGGUUUUCAAUACAAGAAUGGCUGGAAGUAUAUGAAGGAGCUUUUUCUGAUGACAUUAGUCGCUGGAAAGCUGCACUAAAUGCCAUGAUUGUGUGGCAGGCAAGGGUAGAUAAAUUACCUUCUGGUAUUGAUGUGACAUUACCCUUACUUCAAGCCAAGGUGAUAGAUGCAGAUCCCACUGUUGAAAAAUCUGUCAAAUCUGUCUUAUUAGCAACAGCAAUACAGAGGUUUGUGAGCUCAAUUGUAAAGCUGCCACAGACGAAGUACUUUCAGAAACAGUCCAUGCAUGACCUUGCAACAGAUAUUGGAUUACCUCUUCAUCUAGUUGAUCUUCGAAAUGAAAUUAUACAUGGCAAUGGGGGUUGGACAGGAGGGCAGACAGUUCAUCAUGCCCUCGAGACAGCAUAUAAGUGGAUUAAGGGUUAUUACUGGGAUGCUGAAUCUAAGGAGAUGCAAGAUCAGUCUGAGGAAUCCACACCACCCCAGAUACCACAAGAUGAAUGGUGCAAGUUCAAGAAAGUCAUGACCAUGUAUGCUGCUACUCUAUUAUCUGAUGCAAGGACUGCAAGUAAAAAAAUGUGUCUUCAGAAAAAGGCUUGCAGAUACUUGGUGUGGAACCUAGAAAGUUUGUAUCCACAUAAUCCACAAGAAUUUGUAGAGGCUAUUGUUUCGCAUCUACUAAUUCCAGAAUCCAUACCAGAUCUUGAACAGCGACUUAAGUGUGCUGGUCCUCGUGGUUGUGGAUGCUUCUUCGAGAACCGCGUCAUUUCUGGAGUGGAUCCAAUAUUGUGUUCACUGCACGAGAUGGAAGGGUCAACAGAGUUACUGUUCACCUGCCUCAUCAAGAAAGGUCGUGAAAAUUCCAAAGAAGCAUCAGAAUGGGUCCGUCUGUUGGCUGCGGGUAUUCUUGGGCGCUCUGUGUUUUAUUAUCAAAAAACCCACUGCAGGAAUCAUGACCUAAAUUUAGAUAAGAAUCUGGAUGUCAAUUGGGAGACAGUUGUUAUGGAGCUGCUGGAAACAGAGUCAGAAUGGGGCUUUGCUAUUGCUACCAGAAUCAUGAGUUGUCCUGAGACAGGCUUCUCAAAAUCACAAAGGGAAGAUGUAGAGGAGUUGUUUCAAACUUUGAAAGGCAGUACCAAGGAGGACUUGCAACAAGUGAAAGCUUCCAAGAAGGCAUUAAAGGAUGUCACUUACACCAUUGAUGAUGUUAUCAAAGUUGCUGAGAAGCACUCUGAGAAUACAUUGACUAAAAUGCAAAAGUUGAAGAACUCCAUAGAAUUUCUUGGAACAGAUAUAACAUAUGCAGAUGCUCCUCUUGGGAUUCUGCCUCAUCAGAGGGACAACCCAAUCUUCUACAAAGAACUUCUACUUCAUCGUCCAGACAUAAGUGAAGAUAUUCCUUUGCCCAAGAGGUGUCGGAUAUGAAACUUUAGGAUUAAUGGGUUUAUUCAUUGUGUGUUUACUUAAGCUGGAUAUACGAGUGAUAUCUCCGUUAGCCAGAACAUUUGGUGCAGAGCACUGCUGGGAAUGAGAGAUUUCUGGGUAACAAGACGACUCUCUCAAAACUGGAAAAAUCUCUCAUCCUCGGAAUUUUCCGGGUAACAGGUAAAUUUUCUCUGAAGUUCCAUAAUUUGCUCAUUACAUCAUCUCUCAAACCUGGAAGGAAAUCCCCAAUCCCUGGAAUUUUCCUGGGCACUGCAAUUUUCCAGAAUGAUUCAUUAUUUCAUCUCUCGAACCCAGAAUAAAAAUCCCCCAUCCCUGGAAUUUUCUCAGAAUUUUCCAGAAAAUUUCAAUUCCAGCUAUUGGAGACUUCCGGUUAAGAGGGAUUCUGGCUAACAGAGAUAUUACUAUACUUACAGAAGAGAAUUAAGAGUAUUCCAUAUACAGUACAGUAUGCCCGGAUAAUUCGCGGAUUUUUGUUUAGCGGUCCUCUAUUAUUCGCGGUAUGACACUGGAUGUACCCAAGAAUACUGCAGGUAGUUUUAAAGUUGCUGGCGUUUUCGCGGCCGAUACAGGGAAACAUUCGUUCUAGAGACAGUAAUUUCCUUUACCUGUAAUGUAUAUAAUAAUAAUAAAAAUAAUUAACGGUUUAUUGAAAGAGCAUGGCAGCCGGAAAGCUGAAAAUAUACAGUUACAUAAUUGGAGAAUGGGUCUCUUGGUUUACAAAUAAUACACAAGUACAGUCAGUUCUGCUAUAAAGCGAUAGUUGUGUUCUUGUAAAACCUCGCGUUGUAGAAAUUCGCGCAAUAGAUAUAACAGGGCUUAUGGAG